AUGUCUGACUUAGGUAGAAAAGAUUUCACUGAUAAAGCUAAAGAAGCUGUCAAACCAGAUGAUCAAAAAUCAUACUUAGAACAAGCCAAAGAAGCCUUAACUGGUAAAACUGAUGAUUUACAAAAAAAUUUCCAACCAGAAGAUGCUAAAUCUGCUACUCAAAAAGCUGGUGAUUUCUUACAAGGUGGUAACAAAAACUAG